AUGUUACCAUUAUAUUUGUUGAAUUCCGCCAAAAGCCAGCCGAUAUUGGUUGAAUUGAAGAAUGGGGAGACCUUGAAUGGGUUAUUAACCAACUGUGAUUCCUGGAUGAAUUUAACCCUUUCCGAAGUGAUUCAAACAUCUCCCAACGCUGAGGUAUUCACAAAGAUACCGGAGAUCUAUAUCAGAGGUAGUCAUAUCAAAUACUUAAGAUUGCCUGAACAAACUAUGGACUAUGCCAAGGAGCAAAAUAUGAUCAACAUGGAACAAAGAAACAAGAACCAAAACAGAAGAGGCGGAAGACCCAACAACAACUCCGGAAAUUUCAACAGAAGACGUAACGAUAAUAACAGAGGAGGUAACUAUAAUAACCGUCGUGGAAACAGCAGCAAUUACCACCAGUCCCAUGGUGCUGGAGACAGUUAG